AUGUUUGCCAGUAAAUGUGUCGAUGCGUUUUCACUUUUGCCUUCAAUAAAGGGGGCGGGGGGGCCGGGCCGGGGCCGGGGGUCGGUGCAGCACAAGAUCCCGUGUCUGUUUGUCACCAAAGUCCAGGAGGAGCCGAGCACCAAACGCGACAAUCAGUCAUUCAGAGUGUUGGCUACUGGAGACGUGAACCUUAAAGCAUUGGAAGCGGAUAUACACAAUGCAAUUCCCACAGAGAAAGUGGAUGGAACCUGCUGUUAUAUUACUAAAUACAAAGGUGUGCCAUAUCUAUGGGCUCGGUUGGACAGGAAACCUACCAAACAAGCUGAGAAACGAUACAGAAAGUUUCAGCUCAACAAAACUAGUUCCACAGAAUUCACUUGGAAUAUCAAUGACGACUUCAGGACCGUUCCGGAGUCUUGGAUUCCUGCUCGUGGAGUGGUACAGCUGGAAGGCCAACCACAGCCGGAUGAAAAUGGGCACAUUCCCGGGUGGAUUCCAGUAGAGCAGGAGAGCAGACAGUACUGCUGGCAUGGGUCUGCGGUCAAUUACGAGACUAAAGUAGCACUGGUUAUGAAAGCACACUCAGAGCAGAAUCUGCUGGAAAUAACCACUGUACACUUAAUGGAGCUCCUGGAACAAACUCUUGAGCUUGUAGGAACUCAUAUUAAUGGAAAUCCAUAUGGACUAGGAAAUAAGAAACAACCUGUUCACGCUCUUGUUUCUCAUGGUGUUCUGCAAAUCCAGAACCCCCCUUCUCUUAGCUAUUCAGAUCUGAUUACAUGGUUUGAGGAAAGCCAAGAGGGUAAAAUAGAAGGCAUUGUGUGGCACUGCACAAAUGGGGUAUUAAUUAAGCUUCAUCGUCAACAUGUGGGAUUACAGUGGCCAGUAACAAACCCAUACUUGACUGCUCGCCCUGUGUGCAUCAAUGUUGAUCUGAGCAAGUACAAUUGCAAUUUUGAACCAAAGUCUUCAUUUUUGGUUCUUGCAAAACUCAAUGGGGAGAGGUUUGAUCAUCUGAAAGACAUUCACUGGGAUAAUGUUGGAAACAAUUGCACAGAAGGUGUGUAACAUUACAUCAAGGAAUACCAGUCUUGCCAGCAUCAAAGCCAGAAAGGUCUAAUUGACUGACUGCUAGAGUUGUUGGCUUUCAUUUGCAAUCUUUGGACGUUGCUUUAAGUUAAAGCUGAUGCCUUUAUUUCCAGUGGAGAAUGUUGUUGUCCAAGGCACUCAAAAGUUGUAAUGUGUGCAAGACCACAAAAGGCAGUGAGCAUAGGAGGAGGAGGCCAUUUGGCCCAUCGACUCGACAAAACCAAAUAUUGGCAUUAUUCCUCAAUAAGGUCAGUAAUAUAUAAUGUAAAUUAAUGGUACUUAAAACUAUUUGGAACUAUUUAGAAAUAUAGUUAUCUGCACAGCCUGAUGGUUACAACUGGAAAGUCCCUAAAAAACUCUUGUGUUAGCAUUCUCCUCAGAGAAUGAAAUUGACUGUAUUACCAAUAACAUAAAACUGCCGGAUGUCACCAACAGUUUAUUUUUUUUAAAAAACCCUUCCCUUGUGUACUGAGAUUACGUUAACCAACGGCAUUUCAAUUCAUGAGUAGGGAAAGGAUGACAGAAACAACCCACCCCUGCACAGGAAAGAUUUUAUUUAGUUGAAUUGUUCAGACAUUGAAAUAUCAAAUGCAAGGAUUAUUAUUAUUGCAAGAUGGGACUCGCACAGAGGUUAUGAUGACGUUCCUUGCUAUAUAAGAGUAUUUUGUUUCAGUGUGGAUUUCUUUUUAAUGCAUUUUGGUGUUUGAUGGAUUUGAUGAAUGUUCGUCCUGGAAAAUGGAACACUUACAUUUUAGACACCCAGUAAUGUUCUCACACGCUCCCAGGUCAAGUAUAGUUUGUGUUAAAUCCAGAGUGAUGAUCCAUCUAGUCUGACCAACCACUAAAGAAACUCCAACUGUAACAGUGUGAGACAUUUCCAGGUUCUCACACCAGCCAUUUAGUAUUCUCUCUGACGUUGAGAAUUUUGUGCCACGUUAAAGGAAUCUGUGGUUUAAGCCUAUCCCUGUUAGGAACUUCAAGACUCCCUAAACAUUUCACUUCAGUAUAAGGUUUUAAGAAUUCAUUUUUUAAUCGUAGCAUUGAUCUUUGUGUAUUGGCUGUUAAUAAUCAAACAAAAUAUGCUAAAGUGGGAAAUCUAGCCUCGUUUGAAGAAAGCCUUGAAAUUCUGAAUGUCAACGCUUCAGUUUGUAACCACCUAUUGAAUGACGCAAUAGUAUUGUCAUUAAUUUAAAAUCACCUGUAUCAAAUUGGUUAUUGUACAUGGUUAGUGGAGCAAUAUUCAGUAAAAAAAAAAGCUGUUUGGAAGAGGUUUAUUUAAAAUUGUUCUACAAAUGUAAUAAAUAAAUAACAAUGUCAAAAAUAGCUGUUUGGAAGCGGUUUAUUUAAAAUUGUUCUACAAAUUUAAUAAAUAAGUAACAAUGUCAAAAAUUCUCGGUACAUAAAUACUACAAAAAUACUGUUUCUCAGGUUCUCUGUAUGUUUCUGUCAGAUCCUGUGGUUUACCAGUUUUGGAAGAAUAGAAUUUGUUUAAACAUUCAGUGCCGGAGUAGAUAUCACAGAACGGAUAGUAAUGAAUAAAAAGAUUCUAAUUUUGCACAUUA